ACCGGGAACAUAUUGGAUACCGGGCACAUACCGGGGAGUGGGCACUGGGCACACACCGGGAAGUGAGCACUGGGCACAACGGGAAUGCAUCGGGUACCGGGCACACACCGGGGAGUGCGCACUGGGCACACCGGGAACACACCAGGUAGCAGGCACACACCAAGCACUGAGCACAUACCGGGCACCGGGCACACACCGGGCACACACCAGGGACUGGGACCACCGGGCAGCACCGGGGACUGUGCACCUGGCACACACCGGUAACACCGGGCACUGGGCACCAGGGAAUGGCCACACCGGGCAGCAGGCACACUGGGGACCGGGCAAACACUGGGCGAACAGCAGGCGCACAGCAGGCGCACACCAGGAAACAGACACCGGGCACACACCGAGUACACCGGGGACUGGGCACACCGGGCACCGCGCAGGUGCAGGUCUGGCGGCGGCUCCGGUCCCUGCCGGUGCCUCUGGCGCCGCCCCGCCGCUCCUUCCUGGCCCCGCAGUGCCCACCGCACCGGCGCCGCACGGGCCCUUUAAGAGCGGCGGCGGCGAACGGGGACCGCGCCCGGCGGUGCCUGCGGCGGCCCCGCACCUGCCGGGCCACUGUCUCCCACGCCUGGCCAGUGCCGGCUGCUCCGUGCCCGCCCCGCGAUGCCACCCCACCCUGCCACCCUGUGACACAGCCCUUGUCCCAGAGGUGAUAGGGCACCCACUGCCUUGUUUGCUCCUGCGCUGGCAGAGCCCGAGGAGCCUGUGCCGUCGCAGAGGGAAAGGCAGGUCUGGCCACUGCCCUCUGUGCUGGGGCACACAAGAGAUGGCCUUCCAGCGGAGCCACAGGCUGAACCUGCUGCGCCUCGUAGUGCUGCUCCUCGUGGCCUUGGCCGGCAUCAAGUUCCUCUUCCGUGACAGCUUCACCCUGGAGCUGCACAAGCACGUCAGCAAGGACAGCGAGUUCUGGGGGGACACGGGUGACACCGCUCAGGAUGCCGGCCCCCAGAGCCAGGUGGUGGAGAUCCCCGUGGCAAAGAUAACAGCCCCAAGGCAUGAGCCCGGGCAGGUCUCCAGGGACAUCAGCGCCACCGAGAUGAGGCUGGUCCACCUGGACCUCAAGGGGGCUGCGCCCAGGAUCUCCUACCUGGAGCAGGUGUUCCCUCUCCUAUCCCAGCUGGGAGCCAACGGCGUCCUCAUUGAAUACGAGGACAUGUUCCCCUUCAAGGAGGAGCUGGAAAUACUCCGGUCCCCGUACGCUUACAGUGAGGAGGACAUCGAGCAGAUCCAGCAGCUGGCGGAGCUCCACAAGCUGGAGGUGGUUCCCCUGGUGCAGACCUUUGGGCACGUAGAGUUCAUCCUCAAACACGAGAAGUACCAGCACCUGCGGGAGGUCGAGCGCUUCCCCAACAGCUUCAACCCCCACAUCCCUGACACCCUGGCCCUGCUCAAGAGCAUCUUGUCGCAGGUGAUCGAGAAGCACAGGCGCUCCACCUGGAUCCACAUUGGUGCGGAUGAGGUCUUCCACCUUGGGGAGGGGAUGGACUCCAAGAACUGGAUGAGCUACAACAAGGGCGACACGGGGACCAUCUACCUGAAGCACAUCAAGGAGGUGCUUGGCUUCAUCACCACGCAGUACUGGGGGCUGCGGGUGCUCAUGUGGGACGACAUGCUGAGGAAGAUCAGCGUGGGAGCCCUGCAGGAGUCUGGGAUAGCGAAGCACGUCUCGCCUGUGGUGUGGUUCUACGCUCCUGACUUUGAUGCAGAGCAGAUCGAACCGUUCCUUACCAAGUACGUGGAAAGCGGCUUCGAAGCGGUGUGGUUCGCCAGCGCCUUCAAGGGCACCACAGGACCGGUGCAGGCUUGGCCCCCACUGAGCUACCACCUGAAGAACCACCUGAGCUGGCUGAAGGUGAUGCAGGCCCUGCCGCAGCUGACCCCGCUGCGCUUCCAGGGCAUCGUCCUCACCGGGUGGCAGAGGUAUGACCACUACUCGGUGCUCUGCGAGCUGCUGCCCGUUGGCAUCCCCUCCUUGGCCAUCUGCCUGCAGACGCUGGUGAACGGGGGAUUCACAGAAGAGACAAAGAGGAAGGUGCUUGACGUGCUGGGCUUCCAGAGCAUGCAGCUGGAGCAGAGCACAUGCGAGGGCAGGGGAACCUUCCCUGGUGCGGAGAUCUACCACAUGGUUGAGCAGGUUAACAGCCAUCUGAAGGAGAGCAUCAUUAAGGCCCUGGAGGAGGAGAGUGCCAUCAAGGGCUGGUUCAGUCCCUACCACCGCAAGCAUCUGUUUGGCAACCCCCGCAACAUGGAGAGCUUCGGCAGCAAGGUGCUCAAGCUCCACGAGGACUGGGAGAGCUUCAUCCGUGACCUGCAUGGUCACCUGGAGAGGGUCUACUUCCCUGACACAGUGGAGGAGUGGAUGGAGGAGAACGUCAAUCCCUACCUGGACCAGCUGCGUGACCUGGUGCGAGACUACCAGGCCAUCAUCCGCCUCAACGCCAGGCCCAAGGUGAUGUAGGGGCCAUGAACCCCCUUGUUCCCGCUGCCCCCCAGGACGGGCUUCGGCUGUUGCCGUCGCGUGUCUGUUUGCUGGUGACUGCCUCACCGCCAUUUGUUCGUACUGUACAGAGAGAUCCUGCGCAUCCCACUCCCACAAUAAAGUAUUUUUGUAGAUGCUGUGGGUGCUGGAGGGGCCGCAGCUCUGCCCCCUGUGCCGGUGAGGGGAGCUGGGGCCAGCACAGGGCGCUGGGGGCUGUCCUGCAAACAUCACCCGAGCUCCUCACUGCUGCUCCGCGGGUGCUGGAGGGCUUGGGAGAUGCAGGCAGUGCCAGAGGGCAGGGGGAGUCAUAGAAUGGGUUGGGUUGGAGGGGACCUCAAAGCCCAUCCAGUUCCAACCCCCCGCCAUGGGCAGGG